AUGGCGAAAUUUUUCGUCGAAAACAUCCUGCUGCGAAAUGGUGCCCCAGAAAUCCUCAUCACUGACAGAGGAACGGUCUUUACAGCAGAGCUCACCAAAGCCAUUCCACAACAGAGCCAAGCAGCCCACAGGAGGAGAACUGCCUACCACCCGCACACGAAUGGUCUCACGGAGCGCUUGAACAAGACCCUAGCCUACAUGCUAGCAAUAUACGUCGACGUCGAGCACAAGACGUGGGACGCGGUCCUGCCAUAUGUAACAUUUGCUUCCAACACGGCGGUGCAAGAAACAAAACAGAUAACCCCGUUCAAGCUGGUUUACGGCUGGAAUCCGACGACGAUUCCCGACGCCAUGCUGCCGCACGUCACCAAAGAGAAUCUUGACAUCGCUACCUAUCUCCAGCAUGCCGAAGAAGCCCUACAGCUCGCCCGCCUACGGAUCAAGCACCAGCAGCAUACCGACAGCCGACACUACACCUCCGACGGCCCUACGUCGAGUGCCACCCGGCGACCGUGUUUGGGUCUGGACCCCGAUACGCCGACGAGGACAGUGUCGCGAACCUCGCAACAGCUGCUGUCUUUACGGGGUCUGGCCGAACGCCUUCAGCACUGA